UACUAUAGAUAACUGCACUGUGAUUAUUUCAUAACAAAACAUUCAAUUAGUCUUAAAUGAUUCAUACUACAACCCUACCUAUAGGUAGUACCUUUACUAUAGUAGUAUAAUAGUUCAGAGAGUAUAAAAUAAGUGAAAUUACGCGAAACUAGACGAAUUAUGUAGAAAUUACAAAACUCGAGCGUAAUAUUCACAUUUAAUUUAUUGUCUGUGAUAAAAAAAUUUAAAAAAAUAGCGAGGAGAAAAUAGUGCUGCUAAUCAUUAUGUGUUCAUUUUUUGUGUAGUAAAACAUUUUUAUUACGCCAAAUGCUUUUUAAUUUUUCAAACGUAGAUUUAUCAUACUAAUUAAUGACUAAUGAGUAUCAAAUAUGUCAAAUAUGUCAGGAUCUUCAGGUAGCAGGCGAACUGGAGGAACAACUAAGAUCCGUCUAACAGUCCUUUGUGCUCAGAAUUUGUUGAAAAAAGAUUUAUUUCGUUUACCACCUGAUGCAUUUGCAAAGAUAAGUGUGGACGGGUCUGGACAAUGUUAUACAACAGAUACCUGUAAACCAACCUGUGACCCUCAGUGGAAUCAACAUUAUGAUUUAUAUUUAAGUAAAGGUGAUCAUGUAACAAUUACCUUGUGGAACCAUAAAAAAAUUCAUAAAAAUAUUCAAAAACCUACUAGUGGUUUCCUUGGGUGUGUAAGAUUAUCAUGGAAUCAAAUUCAACGAUACAAAGACACUGGUUAUCAAAAAUUAGAUUUAAUUAAAUUAAACCCAGAUGAUCCAGUACCAAUUAGAGGUCAACUAGUGUUAUCUUUACUAUCUCAAGAUGGUACAGCAGGAGUAUCAUCUCAACAACCAUCUCCAUUGCCAGAUGGAUGGGAGGAGAGGAAAACAGAAAAUGGACGAUUAUAUUAUGUAAAUCAUAAAACAAAAACUACUCAAUGGGUUAAACCGACAAAAUCUCAUUCAAAAAUUACUACAGGUAGUAGUAGUCCUCGCCCUCCAGCACCAACACCUACAGAAGAUACACGAAAUGAAUCUGAUGUGAUAAAUAAUAAUGAUGGUAAUAGCAUUGCUUUGACUGCACAAACGAAUAGGAAUCCUAGCAAUCGAGUAUCCCUCAGUUCUGCCAGACAUGCAUCAUCUCAUAGUUCCUCAAUUCAACAACCGCAAGACUUGCCAACAGGUUAUGAAAUAAGAACAACACCUCAAGGACAAAUUUAUUUUUAUCAUACCCCAACUGGUUUAAGUACAUGGCAUGAUCCAAGAAUUCCAAGAAAUAUUAGUGUAACUUCUGGACAACAACUUGGCCCUUUGCCUGCUGGUUGGGAAGUACGUCAAACAUCUAGUGGUCGCUAUUAUUAUGUAGAUCAUAAUAAUCGAACUACAACUUUUUCGGAUCCAAGACUUUCAACAGCAGUGAUAGCUAAUUUAUUACAGAAACAAAAUGAUCAAAGCUCAUCGACUAACGAACAAAACUCAACGAACAAUAAAGAAAACACUAGUAUCAAUACUAGAGUGCCCAAUACUAGUGAAACAUCAUCAAGUCAACAGAGGAUUCAACCUCGCCCUGGUCCUGUUUUUGAUGGUCCCCAAAGUAUUGAGACUGAUUCAGAGUGUUUGCCUAAAUACAAACGUGACUUAGUAGCUAAACAGAAGAUUUUACGCACAGAACUGGCUGCAUUACAGCCUCCAACAGGGCAUAUGCGAUUAGAAGUUUCGAGAUCAGAAAUAUUUGAAGAGUCAUAUCGAGCUGUGAUGAAGAUGCGACCAAAGGACUUACGAAAACGAUUGAUGGUCAAGUUCCGGUGUGAAGAAGGUCUUGAUUACGGUGGUGUAGCAAGAGAGUGGUUGUAUUUAUUGUCCCAUGAGAUGCUUAAUCCCCAAUAUGGAUUAUUUCAAUACUCCAGAGAAGACAAUUAUACUUUACAAAUAAAUCCGGACAGUUCAAUUAAUCCAGAACACCUAUCUUAUUUCCAUUUUGUUGGUCGUAUAAUUGGAAUCGCUAUUUUUCAUGGACACUAUAUUGAUGGAGGAUUUACAACCCCUUUUUAUAAAAUGUUGCUAAACAAACCAAUUACUCUGGAAGAUAUAGAAGGAGUAGAUCCUGAAUUACAUCGUAGUCUCACAUAUAUAUUGGAAAAUAAACUUGAAAAAGAUAUAAUUGAUACUACUUUUGCGGUCGAACAAAGUAGCUUUGGUGUAUUAAAAUUGCAUGAGCUCAAAACUGGUGGACAAAAUAUUCAGCUCACGGAAGAUAAUAAAAAAGAAUAUGUCAAGUAUGUUAAUAGAUUGUUACCUUUGUAUUAUUAUUUCAUAUUUUAUAUUCAGCAUUGUGCAUCAGAUAUGCCUGUGGUGAAAUGGUUUUGGGAAAUAAUUGAACAAAACUAUAGUCAAGAAAUGCGUCUCAGGCUGUUACAAUUUGUUACUGGAAGUUCUAGAGUUCCUCUUCAAGGUUUUAAGGCACUUCAAGGGUCAACUGGAGCAGCUGGGCCUCGUUUGUUUACCAUACACUUGACUGAUGUACCUACUGAUAAUCUCCCCAAAGCGCAUACCUGCUUUAACCGUCUUGAUUUGCCAAAAUAUGAGAGUAAACAAAGAUUGCUUGACAAACUCAGCCAAGCAGUUGAAGAAACUUGUGGUUUUACUGUUGAAUAGGUAAUCUGUUAAUUUUUUAUUAACUGCAUACAUUAUUAUUUGUUUAAAAUAUGUUAAUUGUCGCUUAUUUGUAUUAUUUUUUGUUUAUAGAAUUUUUAUUGUACCUAUAGU